AUGGAAUUUCAACUACAAUAAUUUUAGAAUAGCUAGUCUAGCAGCAGAGUUACUAACCUUGAAUAGUUCAAGACAUCAAUAAAACCACCCUCAAACAUCAAGAAUAAGAUUUAACGAAAGGAGUUGAGUCAGCUCAAGCUUCUUGAAGAGAAAUUAAGAGAAACUAUAGGCAAGGAUUUGGAGUAAUAUUUUGAGUAAAACUGGGAAUAAUUGCAAGAAUCGAGAAACGAAUAAACUAACUAAACGCCUAUAAAUAAUACUACAACCCUUAAACGAAUGGCAGAUGAUCGUACAGGCAGCAUCGUUAAGUUUAUAUAGAGGAAAAAAUAGCAUAAUAGAAAUAACGAAGAAAGAGAAUAAAGCAGACCAUCGUAAUCAGAGAAAGAUAAUGCUAGGUUUAUAUCUUAAAAUAAUGAUUUAACUAAUAUGGACAUAAAGAAAUUCGAGGAUACUAUUUUUUCAUUAAGUUCUUCGAAUAGUAUCAGCGUAACAUAUCCAUAGACGCCAUAUGAGCAAUCAUUUAACCCAUUACUUUAAGCUAACAACAAGAUGAAUGAUAAAUAUCAAAUAAAAAUUCAUAAUUCAUCUCAAAUAGGUGAUAGAAGUCUAACCAGAAUUAAUAAUCAUAAUAAUUAUGGAGUUUAGAUUGAAAAUAAUGAAAAAGGAAAAGAUUUGAAAACUAGCAAGGAAAAUUUUCAAUCUCGCUUACUACUCAAGAUUGAGACUCUUAAGCUGUAGAAAAAAUCCUUUCUAUAGCUCCCUCUGUCCUAAACUCCAAUUUUAAGCUCCUAAAAAUCACUUACCCUAAAAGUCGAUGACACUAGUUUAGAUAGCUCUCCCUCAAGUUAGGAAAAUAAUUUCAAUAACACAAACUUCCAAUAAUCACAUAAAUUUAAAAGUAAUGAAAAUCUUGACAUGAGCCAAAGUAAUCUUAAUAGGAACUUCGGAGAAUCUUUUACAGCAAAACAUCAGAAAACUGAUGUUAACUUGAAGCUUUAGAAGAUAAUGAUGAAGCAAAAAAUUAAAAGCCUCACAGAAAAAAUAACAAAUCAGAAACUAAAUAAGAACAGACUUGUUUUGAAUAACUAAAUCUACAAAGUAGUAGAAAAAAUUAGGAGCUAAAAGGACUCUGGCUCGACUUUGCAAAGCACCACUCAUGAGUCUUAACCUCCAACUCCUAUAUCUAAUAAUAAAUUGCCCUAAAUCAAUAAUUCUAAGAACUUGAGCUCUACCGAGAUCGAAUAACAGUGGAUGACUCCUAAUCACAGUCAAACUGUUAAGCAUCUCAAGGCUAAAUCGAUUGGAUUCGAUUAUAGAAGUCCAUAAGCAGAUAAAAUGAAAAAUGAGAGACAAAAUUAAAUCGAUAAGAGCCAAUAGUUACCUCCAGUUCCCUUCAGUACCAAGAGAUAAAAUAACUAAGCAGCUUAAAAGUUUAGAUUCAAGGAGAAAUUCGAAGAUGAUAAAUAUCUCGAAGAAAAAAUCUAAGAUCCUUUCAAUAAUUCUUCUACUGCUAUUGGUUACUAAAGAAUAAUCAAUUCCAGAUCCAAGUAUUGA